AUGUGGUCCCUAUUCUUAAGUACCGUUUGGUUCCGGCUGUUGCAAAUUUUGCCCAUUAUCAACUCCGAAUUAUUUGUUCGGUUGGAAUCGUGCAAACGUGAAAUGCGUCCAGGAAACUGGUGCGAAUGGGGUACCUGGAGUUCUUGCAUCCGAUCCAGUUGUACUCGCUACCGUCGGCGUUUAUGUGAAUGUCCGGCACCACAGAAAUGGACCCCAGAGAAUCAAUGUGUUGCUGUACGGCCUCAAAAUGAUUACAUGAAUGGAUCGAAGCUUGUACUACAGACUCGCUACAUUCGGGAGACCAUCAGUGGUGAACAGUGCGAGAUACCAACUUUUAUGAGUGGAAAAUUCUAUCCCGAUUGCAUUCCUUAUUCGGAACUGAGCGACGAAGAUCAACAAACCGUCAGGUCCACCCACAGUGCGUGCCGAAGUCAUGGCGAAUUCCGGUCUUGUGAACAAGAUGAAGAAGGUGAUUUGAGAAUUGCUGGAAUGCAGGAAUAUGAUGUCGGAGCAUGCGACGGAUGGGGGAGGAGCUUGCAUCGGCGAUCGACUGCGGCUUCGACAGACCGGUUCACGUAUGGGGCUGACAGUGAACUGGGUCAACAGUGCACUUUUAGUGCAGACGAUCAAGUGAACCAAUGUCCGCAGCAUCACUUUUUCGGACCAACUUCCGCCAGUGAUUAUGGAAGGUUAACCAGUCUGGCGUACGAUAUAGACAGUUGUCGUUUCGCUUGCUCCAUACGACGGACUUGCCGAGUGAUGGAGUUCAUCAAAGGAGUGGAAUGUUCCCUUAUCGCUGAACGCGCCCCACUUGCAGACGAACACUAUUUGGGUGCAAUAGUUGAGACGAAACCUGAUACUUGUGAUGAACCGGUAGCUGAACCAUAUCCGUACGCGUUGGCGGUAUCUUUACUGGAGAAUAAACACGGAGGUGAAUGAAGAGAGAAGGAGAACCUUUGGAAAAUUUUGUGAAACAGAUGUUUCGCACCUUGUUACCCCUUCUCAAUCUAGUUUGUCUCCGUUCCUAUUUUAUUAAAUCCGAAGCUGAUAUCAGUCGUAGUUAUUCUAAUAAAAAUGCGUUUGUAAA